AUGGCGCCGCCAAAGCAACCAAAGGGAGAGGCUAAUCGGAAACGAAAAAACUCAUCUGAAGUUUUCCAAGAAGAUAAAAAUAAACUUCAGAAGCCGUCUUCAUCUUCAUUUGAUAAUAACGUUGUUUUUUCUACCUUCCCGAAUGACUCUAAAUCUGAUAUAUACCCUGAAUCAUCUCAAAGCAAUGGGACUUUCCAAGGAGACAGCAUCAUGUCAAAAUUGAAAGAAGAAUUUGCAGAACUGUGUUUCAAACUUAAUGUUACAGAGAUGCUUAAGCUGAAAGCUCAGGACCAAUGGGAAGAAUUAUGGCUCAAAGAGCCAAAAUUAUUUGAUAAUAAACAAAUUGCCUGGUUUGCGUGCGCCCUCUACACUGCACUAAUUGACAGCCGAUCUCCAGAUGGAAAUCCUCCACAAUUUACUGUAACAGAUUUAUUACUAAACAGCAAUGUCCACUUCCAAGAAUUUUAUUCCCAUAUGCAAAAAUAUCGUGAUAUCCAAAACAUCAGUGAUGCAGUGAAAGACCAUUUGCAACAAUUGGGAAAACAUUUCUGCAUUUCAAGUGCUAUAGAUAAAGUUAUUCGAUUAAAAAAACUCUGUUGGGUUUUCUUUCUUCUUUGCAAAGCCUCUUACAGGAAUGUUAACACAGAAUUAAUCUUCUGUAUUCAACUGCUGGUGUCUUGUGUACAUUACAUAGCUGUGCAUACAAUUUCAGAAUUGCUGAACCCUCCAUAUGACAAUGAUAGAGGUGCCAUCUUGAAUAAAAACUUUAAAAAUCCUUGUGAGCUCAAACCUGCAAAGGAAGCAGUGGAACAGGUUGUUGGAAAUGUUCUUAAGGUUGAAAAUGUUCAUUUGGAUGUCGAGAAACUUACUGGCAUGUAUCUUGAAACAUACAAGAGAGAAGGAAAUAUUAAUGAGCUCUUCUUUUUGGAUCAUAACCCCAUCUUAAUUCCUUUACAGUCAAACGAUAAAGAGAAACCAGCAUAUCAUCCUAAGGAUAACUCAAACAGUUCACCUCACAGACUUGCUCCCCUUACUCCAUUUUAUCUCCUCUUGUCACGUCUUACCUCCCCCUCCUCCUUUUGUGUCGCCUUACCUCCCCUCCCCCUCCUUUUGUGUCGCCUUACCUCCCCCCUCCUUUUGUGUCACCUUACCUCCCCUCCUCCUUUUGUGUCACCUUACCUCCCCCUCCUCCUUUUUCUCCUUUAUUAUCUCUCCCUACUCCAUAUUAUCUCUCCCUACUCCUUUUUCUCCCUCAUCAAAUUAUUUUUUAUUCUUUUCUUUUUUUGCUUAUUCCUUUAUUCUUUUCUUUUCUUUUUUUGCUUAUUCCUUUAUUCUUUUCUUUUCUUUUUUUGCUUAUUCCUUUAUUCUUUUCUUUUCUUUUUUUGCUUAUUCCUUUAUUCUUUUCUUUUCUUUUUUUGCUUAUUCCUUUAUUCUUUUCUUUUCUUUUUUUGCUUAUUCCUUUAUUCUUUUUUCUUUUUUGCUUAUUCCUUCUCCACUCCAAUGCACUGUUCUGGUGCAUUUAAUCAGAAAUUACUUUUUGUUUUCAUUAUUUUCAGUACUGCAGUAACAAAAGUUGAACAACUCAUGAAUUUGUUGAUGGAACAACCAGAUAAACCAGAUGAUGUUCUUAAAGAAUUUUUUCAGAAAUGCAACCCAAACCCAUCAGAUAUAAUCUGUGGGCGAAUCAGAAACUGUGAGAUCGCAUUUGUUCAACGUUUCUUGGCCUUUGGUGGAGAACAGCCAUUCAUACAAAAGUUGGCACAACAAAGAUACCAGCUCAUAGUGAAAUUAUAUUUCCGUACACUGAAGUCUUUACUUAUAUCUGAACAACGUCGCUUGGGUAAGAACUUUUCUACAGGCUUUUUACAUACGGACAAUUUCCACCGGUCAUUGCUAGCAUGUUCAGCUGAAGUAAUUCUAAUGACGUAUGGUGUCUCAUGGAACAUGGCACCACAAAAUAUGAAAACAGGCAGUUCAGAAUUUGACUUUCCUUGGGUAUUAGAAGUAUUUCAUUUAAAGGCUUAUGAAUUUUUUUUGAUUAUUGAAAGUUUUCUGCGUUCUGAAAUUAAACUCUCUGAAGAGAUACAGAAGCACAUUCAAAAAGUGGGAGAUGAAAUUUUGGAGCGUUUUGCCUGGAAAGAGGAUUCUCCUGUGUUUGAUAUUAAAAGUGACUGUCUAGAAGAAAUUCUUGAACCUCCAACUAGUGAAAAUGGAAAUGAUUCCAUGAGCACUCCAACAAAGAACAAUAAUAAUAAUAAUAAUGGUACUUCACUUCCUGGAACACCUGGCAGUGGUAAUAGCAGCUAUAGUAAUAUUACCAAUGUCCCAACCACCUCAUACACCACGUACACAUGCAUCAACAACAAUAUUUCUCCCUCCUCCUCCUCUUCCAGUCCAGUAAAGGUAAGACUUGAGUAUGACUUUUUUUCCUAUCUCUUUUUUUUUUUCCAUGUCAUCCUGUUCCUGUUUCUUGUCUCUUCCUGCCUCUGUUUCCGUCUCUCUCCUCUUCCUGCCUCUGUUUCCGUCUCUCUCCUCUUCCUGCCUCUGUUUCCGUCUCUCUCCUCUUCCUGCCUCUCCUUCCUGCCCUGUUUCCGUCUCUCUCCUCUUCCUGCCUCUGUUUCCGUCUCUCCCCUUCCUGCCUCUGUUUCCGUCGUCUCCUCUUCCCUGCCUCUUCCUGCCUCUGUUUCCUGCCUCUGUUUCUCUCCCUUCCUGCCUCUGUUUCCGUCUCUCUCCUCUUCCUGCCUCUGUUUCCGUCUCUCUCCCCUUCCUGCCUCUGUUUCCGUCUCUCUCCCCCUCCUGCCUCUGUCUCCGUCUCUCUCCCCCUCCUGCCUCUGUCUCCGUCUCUCUCCCCCUCCUGACUCUGUCUCCGUCUCUCUCCACUUCCUGCUUCUCUGUUAUCUGUUUUUUUCUGUUUGUUUUCUUUUCCAUAUCUUUCCCCACUCUUAUGUUUCCUUUUUAUUUUCUUCUUUUGCAUCAAUCAAAAUAGUCUAUGACUUGUGCCAAGCUGUUAAAGUAAAUCACGAAUUGAAGCAGAAAGUCUGGACCUGCCUUAGAUACUGUAUUAUUUCCCAGAGAGAACUUUUACGACAACGGCAUCUUGAUCAGGUUACUUUUUUAUUGGUUUAUCUGAAUUUUUUCUUUUUUUUUUCUCUCUCCUUUCUUCUUUUUUUUCUCUCCUUUCUUCUUUUUUUCUCUCCUUUCUUCUUUUUUUUCUCUCCUUUCUUCUUUUUUCUCUCUCCUUUCUUCUUUUUUCUCUCUCCUUUCUUCUUUUUUCUCUCUCCUUUCUUCUUUUUUCUCUCUCCUUUCUUCUUUUUUCUCCCUCCUUUCUUCUUUUUCUCUCUCCUUUCUUCUUUUUUUUCUCUCCUUUCUUCUUUUUCUCCCUCCUUUCUUUCUCUUAUUUUUUUUUUAUUGUAUUUCUUUUUUCCUUUUUUCUUUUUUCCUUUACUUUUUUAUACUACAUUGAGAAUUUUAGUGAGAGGAAUAUUUCAUCCUCCGCCUCCUUCCUUUCAUUUCUUUUUCUUUUCCCUAUGA